AAGCCACUUGGCGCACGCGCUGACGCGCACCCGCACCAGCCUCUAGUCGGCCAGUCGGGACGAAGCCUCUCGAACGAGCGAGGCCACGAGGUGCCCGCCGCGCCCAGCCGGCCUCGCCGACCGGGCCCGCCGGCCCCUAUAUAGGCAGGCGCCACUUCCUCCUCGCAACCACCAGACGCCAGUCCACCACCGCUUCCCGUGCAGCGCCCUCCCUCUACGUUCCCCCAUUUCCUGUGUUGGCGGCGAUGGCGCGGCACUUCGUGCUCAACACCGGCGCCAAGAUCCCCUCCGUGGGGCUCGGCACCUGGCAGUCUGACCCCGGCGUCGUUGGCAACGCUGUCUACGCCGCCGUCAAGGCGGGUUACCGACAUAUCGAUUGUGCCAGAGUUUACGGCAACGAAAAGGAGAUUGGUUUGGCGCUGAAGAAGCUAUUUGAAGAGGGUGUAGUGAAGCGAGAAGAUCUGUUUAUCACCUCUAAGCUAUGGAAUGAUCAUCAUGCUCCUGAAGAUGUGCCUGAGGCACUAAAUGACAGCCUGAAUGAUUUGCAGCUUGAGUACCUGGAUCUUUAUCUUAUCCAUUGGCCAUUUAGAGUCAAGAAGGGAACAAAUACCAGCCCUGAAAAUUUUGUUACACCUGACUUCCCUGCUACUUGGGGGGCAAUGGAAAAGUUAUAUGAUGCUGGCAAAGCUCGCGCUAUUGGUGUGAGUAACUUCUCCUCAAAGAAAUUGGGUGACUUGCUUGCUGUAGCUCGUGUACCUCCAGCUGUUGAUCAGGUGGAAUGUCAUCCUGGUUGGCAGCAAACUAAGCUCCAUAGCUUUUGUCAGUCAACUGGUGUUCAUCUAACUGCUUACUCACCACUAGGUUCACCUGGUACAACUUGGAUGAAUGGUAAUGUCCUUAAAGAACCAAUAAUCAUCUCAAUAGCUGAGAAACUCGGGAAAACUUCUGCACAAGUGGCUCUGCGCUGGAACAUUCAGAUGGGUCACAGUGUUCUUCCAAAGAGCACGAAUGAAGAAAGGAUAAAGCAAAACCUUGAUGUUUAUGAUUGGUCAAUUCCAGAUGACUUGCUUGCAAAGUUCUCUGAGAUUAAGCAGGCUAGGCUACUUAGAGGCAACUUCAUUGUUAAUCCAGAGAGCGUUUACAAGACCCAUGAGGAGCUCUGGGAUGGUGAACUUUAAGAAGGACGCCGUUGUCCCUCCUGACUCCUGAGCAGGGAGCAAGCAGCGUUCCAUUAGGGCUCGUCAGAUCAUUUCACCUCCAAAGUUGCUCUUUUGAAAUGAAGGUUCAGUGCUCGGAAGCUCUGGUGCCAUCCUGUAUCACGAACUAUUGAGAAAUUUGUCGGUGAUUUUACUUUGUGCUACGGGAUGUGCUGCUGCAGUCUGUCCUAGUGUCAGUUGAUUUUUCUGGUAAAACUGUGACCAAAUAAGUUAAUUCGCCAGGCAUCAUUACUAUUGGAAUUUCAUCGUUUUAUCUCCUCACUAUUUUUUUAUGCUCCAUGUAUUCUCUAUGAUGAGACCCUGUUGAGUAGUUCACUCAUAUAGGGGGCGUUUGGUUUCUAGGACUAAUGUUUAGUCCCUACAUUUUAUUCUAUUUUAGUACUUAAAAUGCUAAAUACGGAAACUAAGACUCUAUUUUAGAGGGUGUUUGGUUUCUGUGGACUAAUGUUUAGUCCCUUCAUUUUAUUCUAUUUUAGUGU